AUGUGGUGUUGCUUACUGAAAUCCUCGAGCAAAAAUAGUGUUAGACUCUGGAGACCAUUUUGGACACAAUAUUGCAAUAUGACAUCAACCCCCACAGACUCUUCUCUGAAAUAUUAUGAUAUCGGCUUGAAUUUGACAGAUCCCAUGUUUCACGGUAUCUACAAUGGGAAGCAGUAUCAUUCCGCAGAUUACGCAAAAGUUCUGGAGCGUGCAGCGCAGAGGCACGUGAAAGUUGCCCUGGUGACGGGUUCAUCCAUCGUGGAAUCUCAAAGCGCCAUUGAUUUGAUCAAUGGCGUCAAGAACUGCAGCCCGUUAAAGCUGUAUCACACAAUAGGUGUCCAUCCAUGCUGCGUUAACGAGUAUGCAGACGCUAGCCAAGGGGAAAAGCCCAGUGCUACCAUCGAUAACCCCUCCAUGGAUGAAACAUAUAAUGAGUCGCUGAUUGGCAAAGUUCUCAGUGACCCAUCUUUUGCACGGGGUAAAUUGAAAGAGCUCUAUCAGCUGAUGGACCAGCAAGUAAACACUUCCGAUACAAGUUUCAGGUCAAUUGGCGAAAUCGGGCUGGAUUACGAUAGAUUUCACUACAGCUCGAAAGAAAUGCAAAUGCUGUUUUUCGAGGAGCAGUUGAAAAUAAGCUGUCUAAAUGCUAAACUCAGCAACUACCCUUUGUUUUUACACAUGCGAAAUGCUUGUGAUGAUUUUAUCCAAAUCUUACAAAAAUUUGUCGCCGGUUUUACUGACAAUAAGGAUAUUUUCAAAUUACAAGAACUUGAUGCGUCGUCGACAAGCGGUUUUUACAAGUUUCCUCCAGACAGGAAAUUAGUGGUUCAUUCAUUCACUGGAUCUGAGGAAGAUCUGCAAAAAAUACUGAACCUGUCCCCUAACUGCUUCAUAGGCGUUAAUGGCUGCUCAUUGAGAACCGAGGAAAUGUUAUCUGUUGUGAAGCAAAUACCCUUGAAAAGACUGCUUUUGGAAACAGAUGCACCGUGGUGUGAGAUCAAAAGAACGCAUAAGUCCUUUGAAUACUUAACCAAACAGCAAGAGGCUAAGACUUUUGAAUAUCCUGCCUUCAAGUCUGUAAAAAAAAACAAGCUUACUGAUAAGUUGAGUGCAGAUGAACUCUACACGGUUAAGGGCCGCAAUGAACCUUGCAACAUGGAACAAGUAGCCAUUGUCAUAUCGGAAGUUAAGGGCAUAGAUCUACCAACGCUAAUAGAUGCAACAUGGAAGACAAGCUGUACAGUAUUCGGCGAGUAA